AUGCGCCGUAUGCGCACUUCAACCACCAUCUUCCAAUCAACCCUCAAAUCGCAAUUUCAACCCACAAAAAGCCUCUCAAUAUCUCUUCCUCACCCCUCCUCCAAACGCUUCUCAAGUUCCCAAUCCAAUUCCCACACCAGCCCAACCUACGCCUCACCCACCCUCCCCACAAACCCCAUCAACGGACCUGCCUCUACCCUCCCCGCACCCCUAGAUCUCCCCAUCCGCGAACCCAACCAACCCUUCUUCUUCAAAUACGCCUUCACACUCGGAAAAGCGUAUGCCAAAUUCUACAAAACUGGCGUGAAGAACAUCUACUACAAUUUCCUCGCCUCACGAACCAUCCAAACGGCUAUCGAUGAAAAAUACAAAUCCUCGCUCUCGUCUGCGGUAAAAGGUGCAUUGCUCUCGCGAUCCGAUUUUCAGCUGUUGAUGCGAAAUCGGCAUGAUGUGAAACGGGUUCCUAUUUUCGCGCUGGUGUUUCUGCUUUGUGGGGAGUUUACCCCGUUGGUGGUUAUUGCUAUUAGCAAUGUAGUGCCGUGGACAUGUCGGAUUCCCAAACAGAUAGAUGCGGAUAGGAGGAAAUUGGAAGAGAGGAGGGCGAUUAGUUUUAGGAAUUUAACUAUGAAGACUCCGCCUGCGGGGACGGUGGCGCAGAAUCUACAACGCAUGCAGUUGUUGCAUAUUAGUUGGAGUUUGGGUUUGAGUAGUAGUAUGUGGGAUUAUAUAGGAGGGAGGUUACCCGGACUACCGAGUGCGAUUCUAAGAAGGAAGGUGGCGAAGAGAGUCAAAUAUUUGGAGUUGGAUGAUAUGUUGAUUAAGAGUGGGGGAGGCGUGAAACAGAUGUAUGAGGAGGAAUUGAGGAUGGCGUGCGUGGAAAGGGGCAUUGAUGUCAUGGGAAGAGAUGUGCAUAUGUUACGGAUGCACUUGAAUGCCUGGUUAAGAUCGAGGGAAAAGGCUGGAGUGGAAACUUUACUUUUGACUAGCUUGGCCCUCGAUGCCUAA